GGUGCGCUGGUGCGCUGGCCAGUUCGGUUGGUUCGGUAUUCGGACGAUUUUGCGUUCACUCAAGCUGAGUGUUUCCCGGUGCUGCGUUGUCCGUUUCCACUCUGGCCGAUGCACCAUGUAGCUGUUCGUUUCUCUGGCCCUAACUACCCUUACGAUGCACUGUCUUCAAUCCCAAAGGGGAAACUAUAGGCGAUUCGUCUUGACUGUCAUAAUGCAGCACGGUAUCCCUGAUCAUAUGUUUCGUCAGUUCGGCCACCCAAAUUGGGAAGUUCUCUGAACUGAGCUUGUGGACUGUGGAGGCGUGAGGCAACAACUGGCCAGUGCAAGUACAAGAUAAAACCAUGUCGUCACAUGUGAAGCGGGAUGCUUCAUAUCGCUCUUAUGAUUCAGAGUGGGAAGCCAAAGAGGAGCUCCGGCUUCGAGAAUUGGAAGAGGCUCGAGCUCGAGCAGCCCAGAUGGAGAAAACCAUGCGUUGGUGGUCAGACUGCACGGCUAACUGGCGUGAAAAAUGGAGCAAGGUGCGCACAGAACGAAACAAAGCACGGGAAGAAGCACGUCUUCUCAGGGGCCGUGUGGAUGCAGCGACAAAGGAGGCUGCAGCCCUCAAGCGUGAAAAGCAUGAACUGGAGGCCGAAGUCGAUCAGCUACGACGAGAGUUUGAAUACUUGCGAAUUGCGGAGAGCAGCACCAACAGCAGGGAGACAGAAGUGCUGGCACCUUCCGGCAGCACAUCAUCCCAUGUAGAACGAGAGCAUGUCGACCAGGAUUCAAGCAGUAGCCUCCCAUCUCAGCUUGAUCCUGACUCCACAGACCAGCCGUCGUCAUUAGUGCAGCUCCGCCUGGAUGAAGCUACAAAGCUGCUCCAUGCCGAAAGACAGGAGAAAGCUCAACUGACCAAAGCACUUGAGAAGCAAAUGGCUGAGUUUGGACAACUGCGCGCAAAAUAUGAUGAGCUUCGGAAGUCUCGCCAGGACACACUCAAAGAGCUGAGUCAAGUGAGAGCGGAGCACCAAGAUGAGCUGGAGUGUAUUCUUAUUGACCUCGAAGAUGAGGCAAGUGGCCGCACGUGUUUGGACAAGCGAAUGACUGAGCUGAGGGCUCAGCUGGUACAGCUGCAAGGUGAGAAUGCUGCAGAAUGGGGCAGACGAGAGCGCUUGGAGACGGAAAAAUUAGCACUGGAGCGGGACAACAAGAAUCUGCGCGCAUCACUGCAAGAAAUGCAUGAGUGUCUGCAGCGUAAGGCCCAAUCUCCUACCACAAGCCCUGACCAAAAGACACUUCAGGCUGAGCUGCAGCAUCGUACAAAGGAAUUGCUUGACCUCAAGCAUGCUCAUAGCAAACUGAAGAAAGUUCUCCAGGAGAAGAGCACAGAAUUAUCUCACGCACUGCGACGAUCGGAGCAGUAUGAGGCAGAGGUGAAAAAGCUACGGGGGCGUAUUGAUGAACUGAAAAAAGAACUCGCAACUGCUGAGGAUGAGGCUGACACUGCUACCAACAGUAUUCGCAAACUUCAGCGCAGUAAUGAUGAGCUGCAGGAGCAGAUAGAAACACUGCAGAUGCAGCUGGAGCACUUGCAAACAAGCCAACAAGAUUGCUUGGUUGCAUCAAUUCACUCGGACACCAUCAAGGCUGAAGAACAGUGUGCCGCACAAGCUUCACAGCCUUCAUCAUCUGAGCAGCCGAGGCGAGCAGGCAGCUGAUUUGCUCAGUGAAGACGAGGUUGGCGACGGUUGACAACUUUUUUGAUGCCUCUUGAGAUAGGCUUUCUGGACUGCAGGAUAGCUUUAGUGCUGCUUAUGCAGCUUUCAAGUGGCAUGUACUAUAUCUAUAUAUAUGUAUAUAUGUAGCUGAUUUACAAACAAAUAUAUGAAGGAAUUAAGGUGUAAUGCAGUCUGGGCUGCAAGAUAUCUAUUAUUUAUACAAAACAUUCAGCUAAAUUCUUGGCUUGUUGCAUUAUAUGCACUAAACUCUCUUGCAAAGCAUAAAAGGGACUAGGAAAUCCACUCACCUUAGCAGAAUUGUAGCUUAAAAGAAAUCCAUUAAGUGUAUGGAACGCUUAUUAAGGGCAAAUUGGGAAGAGCGCUGCUGGUUAUCUUAUCUUCUUUUUUUUUUUUUUAGCUUUCUAAGCUUCUGGGAAACUGUUGAACAUUUUCUUUAUCUGUUCAAAUUUCUAAGGGCUAUGAAGAUAAAGAGGAAACAAAAUUAGCAUGCUUCAUCAACUGCUUUUAUUUAUUUUCACCAGUACAGUCUACUUUGUUUUAUCAAUAUUAAAACUAAAUAUUAAUCAGCUGUGCUGCAAGGUAGGAGUAUACAAGGUAAUGCAAGAUUGUGUUAGUGAUUUUUUCCUGGUACACAACAUAGAAAGACAACACAGAAAUGUUAAAUUAUGUUUUAAAAUGUUUUGUCUGUGGUAAAGUUUCUAAUUUCUCCGGUGAAGUUUUUGAGACGGUUUGCAGGCAACAUUGAAGAAUUCUGUAGUAUCAUUAAAAGGGUAGCAAGCCUCGUAAUAAAACUAAACAAGAGAUAUAAACUGCAACUAGUACAGGUUUACGCUCUAACAUCCAGCCGUGACGACGAAGAGGUAGAAUAACUCUACGAGGAUAUUGGAUUAUCAUUGCAAAAAGGAGCAUACCUAGAACACCAUAGUCAUGGGAGGCCUCAGUGCGAAAGUGGGAAGAAAACAGAAGGGGGAAGAAUCAAUUCAGUAACUAUGGUGUUGACUAUAGGAAUAAUAGAGGAGAUAUGUUAGUUGAAUUCCUGGAACGAAAACAACACUGCAUAAUGAGCACCUUCUUCUGAAAGCAUAGAAAUAGGAGGUAGUUGUGGAAAAGCCCUAAUUGAAAAACAAAGAAUGAAAUAGAUUUGGUAUUAUGCGGUGACCCAGGCAUUGCAGGACAUAGAAGUAAUAAGCAAGAUAAAGUGUAGUGAUUAUAAGUCAGGGUGAGGAUAGCCCUCAGUCUGAGAACAAGAGCGAAAUUAACCUCUAAAAAACAGGGCAACCUAGAUGUAGUCAGAGUAAAAACAGGAAUAUAGGGCCCUUGAGAACAAAUGUGAUGCUUUUGAACAAGAAGAAAAUAGCGACAUAGAUCUAGGGAACAAACGAAAAUGUAACUAGACUGAUUUCUGAAGCAGCAUUUGAAGUAGGAUAUAAAGCACCAAGGCAAGAAGUAAGCAACCUCUCCCAAACCACGAAACUCUUUAUAAUGAAACAACCCAUGGAAGUGACUAACUGACGAUCUCAAAUAAAAAUCACUGAUCUGACAAAAAUAGACAUACGGCCUUGUUGGUAAGACAUGGUAAUGAAUAUUUAGCGCAGAAGCAACAAAAGGACGAAAAAGCCCCUGGACACGGCACAUGUGCCACGUUGAGCUUUCGUUGAACUAACAAAGCAGAUCAACAAGAAGAAAGUCAGUGACAUAACCUCAAAUGGGUAGAGGCAGUAGUAAAAAAAAAUGGCCAGCAGCAUCAGAAUAGCUUUAAAAAAGUUAGCGCAGCUUGCAUUAAGUCGCGCAAGUCUAGGUCACAGCAGAGCUGGUGGGCACGUUUCAGCGUCUCUUGUUAACCAUCUGUACAGAAUGCUUGAGUGCCAGUUCAUGAUGAUGAUAAUUUUCUAUCUACGACACAUGGCAAACCUCGACCAUAAAGCUCUGUCGUAAAACUGUUUUAAAAGGGCCAAAGUGCAUACGCUAAAUGAUAGGCAGGGCAAAGUUUUCAGCAAUUUCAACAACAUAGUGGAAGGUGGUAGAAGAUAUCUACUCUAAACUGUUCAGUUUGGAGAUAAGCCAUCCUUCCUUGAGCGAAACCAAAGUUGAACAAGACAAUGAUGUUCCAUAUGUAAUUAUAAUGAUGAAGUUAGGAAGACCAUACGUGAUGUGCUUAUGGAAAAGUGACUGGAGAUGACAGAUAACAGUCAAUUUGAUCAAAGAUGGAGGGGAUUUUAAAAUAUGGAAGAAAAUAGACACUUUACAGUCAAUGCCUCAAAACAUCAAAAGUGCCAUGCAGUGGAAAAAUGCCAACAUUAUAUUAAUGCACAAGAAAGGAGACACAAAAGACUUAAAUAAUUAGACCCAUGAGCUUACUUUCAGUAUUAUACAAAAUAACCUAAACAUGGAGCAAGCUGAUUUCAGGAAGCAGUACUCUAUGAUGGAUCAUAGUCGUGUGAUCAACCAGGAAACUGAGAAAACUGCCAAGUACAACCAAACCCUUUAUAUAGCUUUCACAGACUAUGAAAAUGCAUUAGGCUCAUAACAGACAUCAGCAGUCUUCAAAGCAUUGUUUCAUUAAGGGGUACUUGGAACAUAUAUAAUUACCCUAGCCAUUUCCGCAGCUACUUUGCUUUCCCACAAGAAACGCAAUAGAAUUAUUAUGCCUAAGGGCAGACUUUCGAAAAAAAAAGAUUGCGAUAUAUAAAGGUGUCAGACAUGGAGAGGUGAUCUUUCCAUGUUGUUCAUUGCAUGCUUAGAAGAAGCGCUCUUCAACAAUGAUGGCGACGAAUUGCAAAAAAUGAUUGCAGACCUAAACUGAGAAAGUAUUAAAGUAGUGCUAAAUAUAAAUAUGCUGAAGGCAAAGGUCUCAAUAGCCUUGCAAAAGAUAAAGAGUUCACGAUUGGCAACCAACCAUUGGAGUCCAUGUAUACGUAGGUCAAUUAUGUACAAACAGAGGAGCCUGCUUGUGAAAAGGAAAUUCACCAAAGAAUAAGGAUGGGCUGGGGCGCAUAUGGCAAGCACUCCCAAAGAAUGACAAUCUGCCACUGUCCCUAACUUAAAAAGUGUACAAUCAUUGCAUGCUGCCUGUUCUAAAAUAUGGGGCUGAAACUUGGAGGAUAACAAAGAAACACGAAGGAAAAAAAGUUAAAGACCACACAGCAUGCAGUGUAAUGGAAAAUGAUAGGCAAGACAUUAAGAGAUUGGAAGACAGCAGCAGAAUGGGUCAGGGAAGAAACAGGCGUAUCGGAUAUUCUAGUUGACAUCAAGCGAAAGAAAAUAGCCUGGCCUGGCCACACAAUGCAUAGGACAAACCACAGAGUUUACAAUAUAUUUACUAGAGAGAACUUUGGCACUGCGAUCAUUCAGCCUACCUUGGGAAUGAUGGGUAGUACUACAUGGAUUUGCCUAGUCUUCAUGCUUGUGGCUUCGAACACUCUUGUGGUUUUGUUUAUUGUUGUGUUUUGGCUUUUGUUUCGGAUAAAACAACGGCUCAUUAUGAGCUGAUUUGAAUUGUUGAGCUUAAAAGGGGUCAAAAUGGUGAAGGGGGACUGCUGAACUUCUUUCAUAAUUACUAUUUUUAAGCGUCAAAAAGCCACAUGGAGCCUGAAGCUUAGGCAAAUCCAUGUACUAUCCAUCACUCACAUGCUAGCUGAAGCGUGGCGCAUUGCAGUUCCCUUAGACACUAGUGCCAGAUUUCCCUCUAGUGUAUUAUUAUGAAAUUCUAUGGGACAGAAAACCGGUGACAACCAGGUUUUGAGCAACAGAAUGGUUAUCAAGGAAUGGGAAAUGCAGCCGAGGACAGGCUCAAAGUAGAUGGAGUGAUGAAAUUGGGAAGUUGACAGGCAUAAAGUGGAAUCAGCUUGCAUAAGAUAUAGGCUAAAUUGGAGAUCAUUGGGAGAGGCCUUCAUCCUGCAGUGGACGUAAGAUAGCCUUUUGCUGCUGAUGAUGAUAAUGAACUGCUACCACAUAGUAAACCUUCAUUGGUGAUUUUUGGAAGCUAUUCUGCACCAGCAGAGUUUCAGAGAGAUUGUAAGUCGCUUUUUAACUGUGCACACAUGUGCAGGGUCACAUGUUCAUGCCAAAUUUUUUUUUUAUUCACGUGCUUAAACUGGUUAAUAGGCACAUGACAUUUGGCUGGCCCCCUUUACUCUCUGGCUCUGAUUUCAAAGGUGCAGAGCCUGCUCUUCAUUAAAGCCAGAGUAAACGUGGUACGCAACUACUCGCUGGAGCAAUUGAAGGCUAGAAGAGGAAACAUGUCAGUGCUUUUACUGUUAACAAAGCAUGCAUGUGCCUUGGCACAGCUACACAAACUGCCACAGCUAGAUGUGGCAGAUACUAACUACACUAACAAGGAAGGCUACACGAACCAUGUGACUGGAACUCCUCUAGAACUGGGUCGCACUCCUGAGUUAAGGUUAAAGAGCCUCUAAGUGCUCCCAGCUGGAGUGCAGCACACUGAACUAACCAGUUGAAUUUAUUAUGAGCACUUUAUUUUGACUAGCCAAAUGUAAUGCACACCGUCACAACUAUCGGAUACACUUUAAAAUGAGUCGAUAGUACAACAUGUAAACUCAUUUCUUAGGGCUCUGCUUGGUGGGGCAUUCUCUGUUCAUGUCACUGAAGCAGCCCAUUUUAUAGCAACCAUUUCUUGUAACACCAGAGGCUACGAAGGAUGGUGUAAAAUUUCAAGAUGCAAGCUGAAUUUUUUGGCAUAUUUGUAGCUUUUUUGGUGUGUUCAAAAAGAUUUAUGUCACACUUAUAUGUUAAAAGGGAGCUGAUGCAAAAAUUCAAAGCAAGGACAGUACCAAAACUGGAAACAAGUGGCGUGAAGACACAACUCACAUUUUUUAUGAAACAGCAUGUUACUAAACAAAGGGUGAGAAAAGGAGUGUACAGGACAUGCACUUAACUCGCAACUGAAGUUUAUUUGAAAAAGCAAUUACAAUAUAUGUGCAUGAACGUAACGCGUGGUAGUCGAAACAGAGUAAAAUAGAAUGGACAUUGGUGCCUACCAUGGGUUACAUUCAUGCAUAUAUAUUGCAAGUGUUUUUUCAAAUAAAUUUCAGUUGCGAGUUCAGCGCAUGUCCUGUGUACUCCUUUUCUCGCCCUUCGUUUAGUAACGCGCUGUUUCAUCAAAAAUGAACUUUAACCAACUCGCCCAACUUACCAUCUUGCUUCAGAACUCACUCUUUUCUCUUGCUCUCCUUUCUGGGUGCAUUUUCCAUAGUGCACAAAACAAAAGUGGUAAUGGUUUGCGACACACUCGAAUUUGGGAAAUGUUGAUCUGUUGUCCAGACUUCAUAGCUAUGAACAUCUGAACAAUAUUUUGCUGCAUACAGCAAGGGAUCUACAAUUUCAUGACAAAAAUGACCAAAAAUUGCUUCCUCUCUUCUCUGCAAUAUUGUUGCCAGCUUGGCAACAAGUGGGUCCAAAACAUAUUGACUGAUUUCAUGGAUGGCACGCCAGCAGACUAUCUCAUAGGUUGGCAUGGGGUGCCGUCACAUGCAGGCACCAUGCACAUCUGGACUGGAAGUAGCAGCUGCUACAUUCAAAGAAAGGAAAAAAAAAAAAGAAAAUGCUCAAGGCCGUGAUGUGUAACAGUGUGACUUUUGGACGGUGUGUCAUGCUCAUGGCAACGAAAGAAGAGAGAAAGCUCGCCUCGUGUGUUAACUCUGUUUAUACUUCACGAAUUCGAAACAAAUUCUGUGGCAGGAUGUUUGAGAGGCAACCAAGUCCAAUAGUAAGGCCAUUGUAUGAUAACUUGUAAAGGUAUUGCAGGGCCCCUUUAAAUACCUUGACAUCACUGUUGGCUGGAUGUUUGUGGUGUUCACUUGUGAUACACAUGACGCACUGAGGAUUUGGUGUGUUUGUUUGAUCAUGAAGACAUGAAUAUUGUGAAAACUUUCUUGAAAUGUAUGCAUAUUGUCUGGCAAAAAAAAAUUUGCGGUAUAAAGCUGAGAUGUGAGUACACAAAAAAGCUUUCUUGUGGGAACAAAUAACAGAAACAUGGGCUAAGUCUCUGAUUGUAUAUGUAUCCACUUGUUUGUGUCGUCAUUCUUUUAGUAGCUUGCUAUUAUAUGGGCUGAAUAAUUCUUACUUUUGUCGACCUCAAAGUAGAAUUAUGCAUGAAAGUCUUGUUUAUUAGUACUAUUUGUAUGUGUAAAAAUUGCAUAGCUGCAGUCAUAUUUAUUGUUCUGUGUGGUAUUUAUCACAGAGCUGAUGUUGUCUAUUGUGUGUGGUCAUUGGUAUUGAGCUUUGUUGUAGUGUCUUGAUACUGACUAUUUUGGUGGCGUUAAAGAUGUUGCUUAUGUGAAAAUGUGGAUGAUGGUUGUCUCACUCUACAUUCACUUUUUUUAUAUUUAUUGCAGUAAGUGUGCAUUGUAUCUUUUAUUUUUAUUACCUUGCUCAGACUGGAACAUGCUAUCGGUAUUGUGAUACGUGUUGCAAAGUGAUUGCCACUUGUUCAUGUGAAGUUGGCUGGGUGGACGAAAUAGUCUGUACAAUACGUGUGAGAUGAUAUACAGGGUCGAUCUCUGUAGAGGUCACAGCAAAUUAUAACCCAGGGCAUGUGUGGCCAUGUUCUUCAGUUAUUCUCAUCCUUUGCCAUGGAUGAAACCUUUUUGUGCAUACAAAUCACAAGUAUCGGUUACCAUUUGAGACAGAGGAUGCAACAGUUCGAACUCAAACUACUUGAUUCAGCAUAUUCAUUAUAAAAUGCUAAGUGCCACUGCAGUGGCUCAGUGGUUACAGUGGUCGGCUGCUGACCCAAAAGAUGCUGGUUCGAUUCAGGUUGUGGUGGGUGCAUUUCGUUGGAGGCAAAAUUCUAGAAAGACCUGUGUACUAUACAACGGCAGUGCAGGUUGAAGAACCCCAGGUGGCGAAAAUUAUGCGGAGCCCUCUGCUACGGCAUCUAUCAUAGCCUGAGCCAUUUUGGGACGUUAAACACCACAAAUUUGAAACCUGAACCUGAACAAGAAACUGCUGUGUGUGUUCAGUUAAGACGUUGGUGCAUUUCCGCUGACCCCAUUUAAUUUCGCCGAAAAAAAAAUUUUUGCUGUCCGAGACCCCGGGAUCACAAUAUCAAUCUUUGUGGUGUCAGGAAAAAAUUAAAAAAAAAUGCCUUUGCCAAAAAAAUGAGAAGUCUCCACUGAGCUGGAGCCACUCUUUGCAUUUGUGCGAAAUUAUGACUGAUGGAAUCCUACAAAAAUGUAUUGUAGCUUUGGGUCCUAAAAUUUUCCGUGACGUACUAUGAAAAGCAUGUUGACAAAAUGCUACCUUGCAGUGUUGGUACUGUUAUUUAAAAAAAAAUCGCAAAUGAGGCACAUUGUUCAAUACUGCUCGAAUGUAAGAUAUUUAACAGCGGAGCUGUUUAAACUCAAGGCUAGACCAUGCAGAGUGAGCAAAAAACUAUCAUCAUGAUCGGUCUCUGCCUUCUAGUGUGUUGCUUUGCUGGCGCAUGCUCUUUGUCUUCUUAAGACCUUGCUAAUUAAGGGUUAUUGUUAAGACCUUGUUAAAGUUGCUAUUUGAGGUAUUGCUAGUUAAUGUCUUGCAAAUUAAGAAUUUGCUAAUUGAGAUCUUGCAAUUUAGUAGUGCUAAUUAAGACCUAGCUUAUUAAAAAUCACUAAUUAAUCGUUCACUUCACGUAGCCACAAGGACACUUCGCCGAGCAAUAUAGUUCUACGCUCCACGUAGCCAAGCCUUUCAAUGCCUAGCCAGAUCUAGCAACGACUUAGUCGAGCUUGUAGGAGCCGAUAGAAGCUAGGUUGGGCCACAAGCUCCGCCUUGCACCACGUGCAAGCUGAAGCCAGCCGUAAAAAGUGCGCGUACACGAAAAGCCACCGGCUCCGUAGCCAUGGAAACCAGCGACGCCGCAGCUGCUAGAACACCUGGCAUAACCUCGUGACGUCAUGCCAAGCUGCGCAUGCGCAGUAGCGACAACCACGCAGCUGCUACCGCUAAGCCACGCCCAGCGAUAAAGACACCUCGCGCAAAGAAAGUACGUACUCCCAAAGAAGGAGCAGCGCAUCGUGAAGCGAGGCUUGUCGCUGUACAAGAACGGCAGCAACGGGCAGACCCAGAAUACACGGCCACGGAAACGGAGAACAAGAGACGACAAGUAGAUACUGCCGGUCACCGUGAGCGCAAUGCUGCGCGUAUGCGAGCUCUUCGUCAGGAUCCCGCCUACCGGAGGUGGUGCCGACGCGCCAAGUUCAACCAAGGUCAACCUAGUGGUAGUCACGACACACCAUCAAAUCUGCCAGCUUAGCUUUGUCUCAAGCCUUGCGCAGUGGAUCGAGGGCAAGCUUUCGCCCCCUGCCCCCCUUUUUUUUCGCAUCCAUAAUAGUCGGAAUUUUCAAAACUUCGAAGGGCGUUACCAAGUUGUACACAAUGUAAUUGCCGAUAGUGACGUCAAACGCUAACCAAAAAUACUUAAAGGCGUCCUGAACACCUUUUCCAUCGCCACAAGAAUCUUCCGUCAAGUACGAGCGGAGUUGCAGGGAUCCCGGCAAGAGAGCUGGAAGCUACACAGGGAGGGAUGACAAAGGGGGAAAGAAGCUACGCGAUCAGUGCGCGUUGUGAAACGCGAUUGCUCUCUUCCGGUGUUAAUCCGGUGCGCGGCAGUGUUGCUACCGUGUAAUUUUAGCACACUGUAGUGUGCGGCGCCCCGCUGCAAGAAGCACAUCUGAUCCAAAUGCCGCGCUUGGUUUAUGUCAGCUCCGAAGAGUGAAGACAUGGCCUCUGUACGAAGAGAGGGCGUUUGAGAAAGUGACAACUUCGCGCUCCGCUUGUAAACUCUCCUUGCCGCGUACGACAGCAAGAUUUAGGUGAGGUGUUCACAGCAGCAUCCGCCUUCAUCUGUAUGUGUUUUUUUCACCAGGCGCGAAGGGUGGUUCAGGACCCCUGUAAGGUCAUGUAAGAUCCAAUAUUUUGCGUGUGCUAACUUAAUCUGUGAAAACAUGUUGCAUUAUUUUUUUAUGAGAUCGAAGUUAUAAAGCCAUGACCAAAUUGACGUUAACGCCCCAACCACGCAAAUUAUAGUCAUCAUGUAGUGUAUCUGCCAUAGUCCUAAUUCUUAGGUCGUAUAUUCUGUCGUAAUCACGAAACAACAAAAUGACAAAAAAAAAAUGGACACUUGGCUUUGAAAAGUAAGAGAAAUCAAUUAUAACUACGUUUUCUCACGCAAAUCACAAAAACCUCAACAUGCGUCCCAGCGACUCGGCAUGCUGCCAUUGCUGCGGUGCUCGCCCCUUCGCAGCGCCAUCUUCAAACGAUCUUGCAUGUAUGCGAGCCUGCGGCGGGAGAGGAUAAGCCACCCGAUCUUUGUCGCUGCUCAUCGCAUGGCCGUAAUCUGAUAACCAACGUUUUUGAUAACGCAGAUGACGCGCGGCGCUUUUGCAGCUUCACCACGCAGAAUGGUUGAAGUCGCGACAGAACACCCGCUUUCACGUCGGCUCGUCGUCGACUACCCGGUGGCCCCCUACACUGAGCAACGUACUUGAGCAUACGUGUGCGUCUUGUGCUCGCCUGAGAUUUAUGGCCGAGUUGCACGUCUUAAAGCAGCAUUUAGGCCAUCUGAACAGGCAUAAGAAGAUUACCUGUGAUCGCAACUUUUGUAGUGUGAAAGGUCUGAACAGCGCCUUUUUCGUGAACCUUAUGCCAGAAAAAGCUCUCUCCAUCCGAAAAACCGAUAUAUCGAAGCGGCUCAAGCAGUUCUGGCACAAAGACAUUGCCGCACAAAGACAUUGCCGUAAAAUCACCAGAUGCGUUUGAGUCUGACAAAAAUUUUGUUUCUGAGCAAACCGCCGUUCAGUGAACAGACGUGACACUUCUGAAGAUGGCGAUGGAGGUGAAACGAUAUCGUCGGACCUCCAACGCCAGGCGCAGGAAGGCUGAGAUCGAGGGUGCCGUCUGCAGGACAACUCCUGCCUGAACCCUCUCUUCCGUUAAACCCUAUGGGUACCUGCCGGGGAAUAGACAUUUCUUCGUUAGAUCGGGAAAUUCGUAAAAUGAGGUUUCGUGAGAUCGAGUUUUAAGUGUGUUGCAUUUUUAGAGAUAUGUACUUAAAAAUUUAUAGUUAGCGUCUGACGUCACUCUGGGCAAUUAUAUUUUGUACAAUUGCUAACCUAAUGCGUGGCAACGCGCUGCGAGGUUUUGAAAAUUCUUAUCGUUUAGAUGCGAAGAAAAAAAAAACGAAUAUUUGAGCUUUAUUGAACAAGUUGCUUUGUUUGCCAUUGUUCUUUUAAAAAAUAACGAUACCAACACUGCAAGGUAGCAGCAUUUUGUGAACGCACGCUAUUGUACGUUAGAAAAAAAAUGUCUGGCCCACAACUAAAUACUUUUUUCGUAGGAUCGCAACGAAGUCCCAUUUUCACGCAACUCUCAAAAAGCGGUUCCGGCUGAAUGGAGACUUCUUUUUUUUUUUUUUUCGAAUGCAAAUUUCAACACAUCCCCAGGAUCACAACACCAAUCUUUGGUGGUGCGAUCCUGGGGAUUCGGACAGCAAAAUAUAUGAAUUAGGCGACAUUUAAUAGGAUCGGCAGACUUGCAUCGACGUUCUUACUGAACGUCGAUGCAAGUAUAUAUGUUUUUCUUAGAUAUCAAAAUUAAAUGUUUGCAAAUCUGGCAUUAUGUUCAUUAGCAGGCAGUUAUGAAUCUUGAUUACUGGCACGUUCUAUUCAACUUUUCUCCGCUGUUUCUUCACUGCGUUCGAGUUCAAAGAGAAAA